AUGCACAUUCUGAUCCAUCUCCCCAGUCAGCCCACCGCCGACCCGGAGUUGCUUCUCCACCGGCUCUAUGCCGCCCGCGACGUGGCCUUCUUCGACGAGCACCUCGCCGGCUACGUCCUCGUCCAACAACACCCCGAUCUCCACGUCUCCAUCCUGUCCCAUUUUGAAGUGUUCCUAGACGUCAGCAUUAUUCCCGGCGAUAUCCUUGACACAGACCCCAAUUACUCGCCGGCACUGUUCGUGGUGGAGUCGCUAGUGGUAGACGAGCUCGUGGCGCUGGACCUUCACGACGGCUUGCCGUUCAAACUAUACCGAUUCUCCAUCCCCGUGAAAUAUCCAAACAAGAAGCUCAACUCGCCCCGAAUCCACCUUAGCGCCACCAUCAGGUUCAAUGACCCACCCUCCAAUACUUCCACCAUCGCCACCCUCACGGACCUCGAGCCAUGCCAUCCCCGUAACCUCCUACGCGAGUUGAACCUCUCAUCUACAAACAUGUUUCUCCUGAGCACAAUCAUUGAGGACACAGACACAUCCAGAAAAAGCCUCGACAGCCGGGUGGUGGCAGAUAUUUCCCACACCGACAACUCCACCGCCGUCGCGUCGGUGACCCCCGCUACCGUCUCGCUCCCAGUUCUCUCUGCCCUCGUCGUCAAACUCAAGUCCACCAAACCCGCUGGCAAAAACAACGAACUCCUUGCAUCCUUCAACGUCGAAACCUCCGACCACCUCGCACACCUCCACCACUCGUCGCUCCACAUUCGCCUCAACGAGUUCGAGUUGAGUUUCGCCGGCCAGAUCAUCAACAUCAACGAAGGCAUCUACCAUUUCCCCAUCGACUUCGCGGUCGACGAGUCCAUCAACCUAAACUUCAAACUCAUCAACAACGAGUCCCUCGAAACCUCACGCCAGGUCACCGUGACCCUCAACCUCCAGGUUCUUGGCCCAGCAGCCUCGCCCUAUAGUAGCACCAUCUCCACCUCCUGGUCACCUUUGGUGGACUUCAACCUUGUCGCACCGCCCAUCAGCAACUCACUCAAGUCCAUGUUGACCCAAGCACAACCGCCACAGACGCUUGCAAAGCGUAGGCUUGUUACUACCGGGGCCUCUUCCUUGUCCACCGCCAACACCUUGUCUUUCAAAAAGACUGCCACCAACCCGGUGCUUUUCCGUAAAGGUUCGUCCAACUCGUCUAUGACCGUCAACUUGUGCAAUCCCGGCAUUUCUCCCUCUUUGUUUGGACUUAAACUCACCUUCAACGGGAAUCUCACGGUUCCGUUGGGCCAGGUGACGGUGUGGAAGCUCCAGGCCAUCAACAACUCUCUGUCAAACAUGAUGCUUUCGCUCGUGCUCCAGGGCCAAAAGGAUAUUUCGGCGUCAACCCCUCUGGUCUCGCAACAACCGCUCCGCCAACGGGACCUCGUGCCAGCGUACAUGAAACCGGCGCUUUUUUCGCUCUACAACUCGCUCAAACUCGAUAAUAAUGGAGUGUUGUUGCUUGAUAACGACGUGCGUAUCGGCCCAUUGGAACCCAACAGUGUAUUUGAGACCAACGUCAAAAUCAUCGGGCUUUCGCGAGGGGUGUUCAACUUGGACGGGCUCAACAUCUUUGACUUGGCUUCGGGCGACGGGCUUGAUUUUGGCAAGUUGGUUGAAGUUUUUGUGACAUAGACAUCCCCAAGGCAUUUGUAUAGAUUCGCAUUUUUUGCAGCAUUUAUUUCUUUGAUCCAUACAUCCACUUUUAUCCAA